AUGUUUAAGAAUCAAGCAAUCAUGCCUGUAAGGCCUCCUACGCAGUUUAUGAUAGGUCUUAUCUUGAACGUUGAAGGAUCUUCAGAGGCAAGCUCACUGUCAGAGUUCAGCUUACUUCUGCGAUAUCUCUGUGUGCCUUUUGCUGCACUGCAGGAAACAUGCAUGAGAGAUCCGCCCGUAAUCAGCAUCGAAAAUUACACCACAUACUGUGGCGAUGCUGAUGAGAACAAAGUGGUCAUUGUCGGAAUCGACGCAAAUGCGAAGAUGGGACUCGAACAGCAAUCCGAUGUGCUAGGAAAAUGGUGCUAUGCAGCGGAGUGCACGUCGGAGAACGGUGACCGUCUGGUCGACUUGUGCGAACAGACAGGCCACAUCAUCGCUUCCACGUUUAAGAGGAAUCAUCGACGCCAGCUCGACUACGUUCUGGCGAGGAACAUUCCUCAGUCAGAUAUCCGAAAAUCUGGGGCUGUUUGGGACGUCGCGUUCGACUCUGACCACCGUCCAGUUCUUCUCAGCUUCAAGAUACGGUUCCACAAGAGAAACCAAGGAGUUCCUCUUCAACUGGAAAUCGACAUGGCAGGUCUGAAAGACGAUGAAUGCAGAAGAAAAUUCCGCCAACGUGUGUCUAUUCAUGUUGGAGUACGGACCAGGAAGAAGCUUAGCGAUGCGGAUUCCUUCACAAAGUGCAUCCAGGACGCUGCGAGGGAAACGCUCCCGGUUCUAUUGCCGCGGAAGAAGUUUGCCUUUGCAUCUGCGGAAACAAAAUCCACAUACAAUUCUAACCGGCUAGCACCGUCAGCCCCUAAACUUGAACACGUUCAUAGACCGACAUACGCGGUUAACGAGGAGCCACCGACCGUGUCGGAGGUCCUGGUCUGCAUUCAAAAAAUGAAGAAUGGAAAACCUGGCGGAGACGACGGGAUUAGCGCAGAAAUGCUAAAAUAUCUUCCUCUGUCUGGGAUUCGUGAGAUUACAAAGAUCAUCCGUUCAAUAUGGAUAGACGAAAGGAUACCUGAUUCGUGGAGACACGCUAUCAUAAUUCCCCUCCACAAGAAGUUAUCCGUCACGGACCCCAGCAAUUAUCGAGGAAUCUCUUUGCUGCGUGUUAUGUACAAGGUAUUGGAGCGCAUUAUCCUGGACCGACUCAUUAAACAUCGCGAAGAACAUCGCGACGAGCAAGCUGGCUUUCGUCCUGGCCGAUCUACGAUUGACCAGGUGUUCAUCGUCAGGAGAGUGAUCGAAAUCUGGCAGCGGUAUUCGAAGCCAAUGCAACUAGCGUUUCUGGACUUUGAAGCCACGUUCGACUCUCCUCACCGAGGCCGUCUUCUCAACGCGCUGAGCGCCGACGGAGUACCAGGAAAGUUCGUUCGCUUGCUUGAUGACAUGAAUCAACGAACAACUGCUGCAGUUCGAACACCAGCCGGAUGUACAACAUCGUUUGAAGUGGUAACUGGAGUAAGACAAGGGGCAGUGGCAGGUUUCCUGUUCAAUUUCGCAAUCGACGACAUUAUGCGAAAAACAGUCGAGCAGUGUCCUGCCGACAUUUUCUUAGCACCAUCUGGGUGCCCCUUGACUGACCUCGAGUACUCCGACGAUGUUGUUAUAUUCGCGGAAAGCAGUACGAAACUUCAACAUGUUGUCAACCUUGUAUCGAAGCUGGCUGCAGCCUAUGGACUACGCCUAUGCUCUGAUAAAUGCAAGCAGAUGUGGAUCUCUUCGAGACCACGAACGGGAAUCGUGGUGGACGGACAACCGAAAGAACUUGUCGAUGAGUUCUGUUACCUAGGCCGUACGCUGAAGAACAAUGGCAGCUACGAGAGAGAUGUUCAGCAAAGAUGCGCUAAGGCCACUUCUGCAUUUAACUCCUUAACGAAAUCAAUUCGCCCCAUCAUGAUGUACGGAUCGGAGACUUGGGCAGCACCAUCAACGGUUAUGGAGAGGCUUGACUGCACGGAACGAAAGCUGCUUAGACGGCUACUUGGCUACUUUUGGCCUAGGGUAUGUCACAAUGAAGAUCUUUACGCAGAAAUUGAUGUGUUAUACCGGCGGAUCACACGUGGAAAACAUCAACAUCUUGCACCGCCAUCGAAAGUGGCUAAAGUAAAUCGUCUUUGCUUCUUUGGUCAUAUAUUAAGGAGACCGGCAGAUCGCCUUGUUCAACGAGGUCUGAGGAGUUCGUCGGGUUCGAGCUGGAAGAAGCCACCUGGCCGAAAACGGAAGUUCUGGACUGAGGCGGUGAAAGAGGACCUGAGGACACUUGGCGUGGAUAGGCAGUUCAGGCAAGACGUAAGGUUUCGCAGAAUAUGGAAUAGCGACGAAUGGAUUGAUUCUGUGCAAGCUCUCGCAGAAGAUCGAGAAAGUUGGGCACAGCUGUGUUCAAGGGCGGCACACCUCGGUGAAGAUGCGGGUAAUCGCGUCAGGCGAUGA